AGAGCUGCAGCAGCCGCGCGCACGGGACCCUUCUUCUCCUUUUAUUCUCCUUUUAUUCUUCUUUAUUAUCCUUUUUUCUAGUUUCUUCUCCUUUAUCCUCCUUUCUCCUCCUUUCUUCUCGCCGUUCCGUCGAUAAGGGACCCCGGAUAUAUCCUCCCCGGCCUCCCCCCCUCCUGCCCGGUGACCUGUCCCAGACGCUCCAGACGACAUGAGCCGGACCGUGAUGCUAACGGGACCGUCCCCGUGGGGCUUUCGGCUGGUGGGCGGACGGGACUUCAGCACGCCGCUCACGGUCUCCAGGGUGACGCCCGGCAGCAAGGCGGCCCGAGGCGACCUGCGUCCGGGCGACGCCAUCCUGGCCAUCAACGGCGGCAGCACGGAGCUCAUGACCCACAUGGAGGCCCAGAACCGGAUCAAGACCUGCACCCAGCAGCUGGUGCUCCACGUCAGCAGGUCGGGAUCAGGAGACCGAGUGUGGUCGCCGACGGUGAGCGAAGACGGCCAGACGAGCCCGUACAUGGAGCCCGACUCCCAGAAUUUCCGUCCCAUCACCAGCGGGUAUGGCGGUUCCAGUCGCAAACCUUCGUACACCUCUGAACCCCAGUCCCCCCAGUACCCCCAGUCCCCCCAGUACCCCCAGGCUCCCCAGUCCCCCCAGUACCCCAAGGCUCCCCAGUACCCCCAGGCUCCCCAGUCCCCCCAGUACCCCCAGGCUCCUCAGUCCCCCCAGUACCCCAAGGCUCCCCAGUACCCCCAGGCUCCUCAGUCCCCCCAGUACCCCAAGGCUCCCCAGUACCCCCAGGCUCCCCAGUCCCCCCAGUACCCCCAGGCUCCCCAGUACCCCCAGGCUCCCCAGUCCACUCACCUGAACAACGGCCACCCCAGACCCAACAACGGCCACAGCUACGGCAACGGGCACGCUCAGUUCAACAACCCGGCCGGGCUUUAUCACAGCGACAGCAAUGGAGACGGAUCUCUGCCGAGCAAGAUGGGCGGCCUCAGGCUCAGCGCCACCCACAGCCCGGAGCCGCCCACCCAGUCCCCCGGGGGUCGGAAUGGAUUCGACUCGCAGUCCGACGUCUACAAAAUGCUGCAGGACUACGAGGAGCCGGUCUCGGCACCCAAGCAGUCCGGCUCCUUCAAAUACCUGCAGGGCAUCCUGGAGGCUGAGGAUGGAGGCGUGUCCCCGACAGACAGGAUGAGAAACUUAAAGUCUCCAGUCAGGUCUCCAAUCCCCAAACUGGGGAGCCCCAUUCCCAGUGCCAUGUCUGUGCUCCAGAAGCUGCCCCAGUGCACCCGCUGCUGCAACGGCAUCGUCGGCACCAUCGUGAAGGCCCGGGACAAGCUCUACCACCCCGAGUGCUUCAUGUGCGACGACUGCGGCGACAACCUCAAGCAGAGAGGCUACUUCUUCAUCGAGGAAAGCCUGUACUGCGAGACCCACGCCAUGGCCCGGGUCCAGCCCCCCGAGGGCUACGACGUCGUGGCCGUUUACCCCAACUCCAAGGUGGAGCUGGUCUGAGUCGACCGUGACGUCACUGGGGAGGAACGCCGACCUCAGAUCAGUCCUAUGAAAUGUGUGUGUUGGGUGAUCCGGUAUCAGCGUUGUUCCACCGACCGGCUUGAUGAAUGCCAUGUGUAUUAAUGCAUGUUGCAAUAUGUUGACAGAAUAACGCUGGCAUCUGAUGCACAUUAUUACCAGAAUAUUAUUCAUAAUUCAAAACGGGGAAUGUGGAUUCUAACAACCAGCACAAGUUUUCUUGGGGGGUCAAAGGGAAAUGAGGUCGUCAACAACUUAAUCACGUUUGUCAAUUUAAAAGAUAAUUCUGUCGCAGUUAAAUUUGGUUUUGUGUGAAGUAGCUCAGUGAACUACAGCUAACUACAACACCGCUAACUACAACACAGCUCAGUGAACUACAACACAGCUAACUACAACACAGCUCAGUGAACUACAACACAGCUCAGUGAACUACAACACAGCUAACUACAACACAGCUCAGUGAACUACAACACAGCUAACUACAACACCGCUAACUACAACACAGCUCAGUGAACUACAACACAGCUAACUACAACACAGCUCAGUGAACUACAACACAGCUAACUACAACACCGCUAACUACAACACAGCUCAGCUAACUACAACACCGCUAACUACAACACAGCUCAGCUAACUACAACACCGCUAACUACAACACAGCUCAAUGAACUACAACACAGCUCAGUGAACUACAACACAGCUAACUACAACACCGCUAACUACAACACAGCUCAAUGAACUACAACACAGCUAACUACAACACAGCUCAGUGAACUACAACACAGCUAACUACAACACCGCUAACUACAACACAGCUCAGUGAACUACAACACCGCUAACUACAACACCGCUAACUACAACACAGCUCAGUGAACUACAGCUAACUACAACACCGCUAACUACAACACAGCUCAGUGAACUACAACACAGCUAACUACAACACAGCUCAGUGAACUACAACACAGCUAACUACAACACAGCUAACUACAACACAGCUCAGCUAACUACAACACCGCUAACUACAACACAGCUCAGCUAACUACAACACCGCUAACUACAACACAGCUCAGUGAACUACAACACAGCUAACUACAACACAGCUCAGUGAACUACAACACAGCUAACUACAACACCGCUAACUACAACACAGCUCAGUGAACUACAACACCGCUAACUACAACACAGCUCAGUGAACUACAACACAGCUAACUACAACAUAGCUAACUACAACACAGCUCAGUGAACUACAGCUAACUACAACACCUCUAACUACAACACAGCUCAGUGAACUACAACACCGCUAACUACAACACAGCUCAGUGAACUACAACACAGCUAACUACAACAUAGCUAACUACAACACAGCUCAGUGAACUACAACACAGCUAACUACAACAUAGCUAACUACAACACAGCAUAGUGAACUACAUCACAGCUAACUACAACACCGCUAACUACAACACAGCUCAGUGAACUACAACACAGCUCAGUGAACAACAACACAGCUAACUACAACACCGCUAACUACAACACAGCUAACUACAACACCGCUAACUACAACACAGUUCAGUGAACUAUAACACCGCUAACUACAACACAGCUAACUACAACACCGCUAACUACAACACAGCUAACUACAAUACAGCUACACAAAUAACUACACUAUAGUGUGUGUGUGUGUGUGAUAUGGAUUAUCAUCAGAGAAUUCUGAGUUGAUUGGUGUGUUUCUUUCUGCCUUUCAGACUAAUUUUGCAUUAUUAUUUUUGCAUUAUUAUUUUGCAUUGCCUUUGCAGUUUUGAUAACAUCCGUGCCACGUCGGUGAGGUGUAAUAACAGUUAAAGGUUUAAAGGUUCUUCUGUGAUUUUAAAAUAUGUUACGGUUGCACAUCAUAAUCGAGUCGCAGAUGAACUUUUGCAUUUUGUAGAAAUUUUGUAGACUUUUGGAGAAACGCCCCUCUUUUUGACGGGCACCUUCUCUGCUUAUUUCUCAGCAAUAAUUGAUGACAAGCAGAUCUCUAACGAGCAUAAUCCCGGUAUUCUUUUGGUGAACGGGUCAGCGAGCUCUAACUGUAAUAAACGCCUCUGCAUGCAGCUGACCAACCACCGCCUUCUGAAAUGUAAAUAUACAACAUCCAUUCAUAAACAACUUUAAUGAUGAAGUAACUUCAACGUCCACCAAUAAGCUCCUCCUCCUCUCACAACAAUUUAAACAAAUGGUCAUGUGCAUCAUGUGGCAGUAAUAUUCAUUGUUUAGUUGCUGGACCCACAAUAUAUUUAUAUAUACUGUGUGUGUGUAUAUAUAUAUAUAUAUAUAAAGACAGAAGUUGGGUACUUCUUAUAAUGAACUCAGGUUUCAGCUCACAGCCAAGUCCAUAAAGCGAAUGAAUUAUACUUCUUAGUCGUUAUGACAACGUGUGGCCAUCAGUCUUAUUGUAGUAGUGAAGUAAACUGGGUGGAGUUCUUAAUUUUAGAAAAUGUUUCUAACAACACUUUUGUAGUGCUGAUGUCCAUAAUCUUUUUUUUAUAUAUAUAUAUAUAUCAACAGUGAUGUGUAGCUGCUGGUAUGCCAUCUAUACUAGUCAUCUUGUAAAUUAUGUGAAAAUUAUAUUGCUACCACGUUUCUUUGGUGUUGUACAUAUUAGUUUUGAAUGCUUCUGCAGAUGUUUUUUCACUCUCCAGGAUUUCCUUUGACACUCUUCUUUUUGUUUAACUUAUUGUUUCUACCAACACGUGUUUCUUUUGUUCUGAGGCUUCUUUUUCGCUUGUUGUAUUUUCUAAAAAUCUAAAUAAAAUGGUGUUUUAAUCAA